GGAGAAAGAAAGGAGCUGCCUGCCGCACGCGCAGUGGGCACGACUGGGAAAAUUCAUGUGGAGGUCAGAGUGGAAGCAGGUGUGAGUGGGUCCAACAGAAGGAAACAUGGCUGCCAAAAUAUUUGAGUCCAUUGGCAAGUUUGGCCUGGCCCUAGCUGUCGCAGGAGGCGUGGUGAACUCUGCCUUAUAUAAUGUGGAUGCUGGGCACAGAGCUGUCAUCUUUGACCGAUUCCGUGGUGUUCAGGACAUUGUGGUAGGGGAAGGGACUCACUUUCUGAUCCCUUGGGUACAGAAACCGAUUAUCUUUGACUGCCGCUCUCGGCCACGUAAUGUGCCGGUCAUCACUGGGAGCAAAGAUUUGCAGAACGUCAAUAUCACACUACGAAUCCUCUUCCGGCCAGUUGCAAGCCAGCUUCCUCGUAUCUACACUAGCAUUGGAGAGGACUAUGAUGAGCGCGUACUGCCAUCCAUCACUACAGAGAUCCUCAAGUCUGUGGUGGCUCGCUUUGAUGCUGGGGAACUGAUCACCCAAAGAGAGCUGGUCUCCAGGCAGGUGAGCGAUGACCUCACAGAGCGAGCAGCAACCUUUGGGCUCAUCCUGGAUGACGUGUCCCUGACACAUCUGACCUUUGGGAAGGAGUUCACAGAAGCAGUGGAAGCCAAACAGGUGGCUCAGCAGGAAGCAGAGAGGGCCAGAUUUGUGGUGGAAAAGGCUGAGCAGCAGAAGAAGGCGGCCAUCAUCUCUGCUGAGGGCGACUCCAAGGCGGCCGAGCUGAUUGCCAACUCCCUGGCCACGGCAGGUGAUGGCCUGAUUGAGCUGCGUAAGCUGGAAGCCGCGGAGGACAUUGCAUACCAGCUCUCGCGCUCACGCAACAUCACUUACCUGCCUUCAGGGCAGUCUGUGCUUCUCCAGCUGCCCCAGUGAGGCCUGCCCUGCCUAUACUUCCUUGGUCAACUGGACCCCAGCCCUUAGGAUUCUGAGCAGCACCCCAGAAAUCACUGUGAAAUUUCAUGAUUGGCUUAAAAUGAAGGAAAUAAAUCACUUCCGAUCUUUAAUUAUCAACUGAAGCUCUUUCAUUCUACCUUUUUUUUUUUAAUCCAUCUCUCUACCAAAAAUUGCCAAGUGCCUAUACAGACUGGCUCUGGUUCUUUUGGAGCCUGCUGGCGCUGGCAGUUGGCAGAAGGCAGGGCAGUUUGUGUGUGUGACGGACGGACAGGAGCUCAGCUGGCAGCCAAAAUAGACCUGUAGCCUUCAUCCUGUCAUUUACUGAAGACUUGAGGACCAUGCCACGUGCAGCGAAAUCAAGGAUCAGCCCUCAGUUUUUCCAACCGUUCCUGUACAGAUGCAGCUGAGGAGGUGCCGGGGAGGGUCAGAGAGGAAGUAGUUUGUCUUUUACCAUGAGGCUGAUUCCUUCUAAGUGUUCGACCGGCGGAAGCAGGUGUGCAUAAGCCAGGGCAUGGAGUGAGGGAUCUGCCCCUAUUGAGGUGGGUGGGCCUGAUUUUGCUGCCCCCCAGGGUCCUAAAACUGAGAUGGACUUGGGUAGUAGGAGAGGCCUGGACUGAGAUGUGAGUCCUGUUGAAGACUUCCUCUCCACCCCCCACCUUGGUCCCUCUCAGAUACCCAGUGGAAUUCCAGAUUGAAGGAUUGCAUCCUGUUGGGGCUGAACUGAGCCUGCCUGCCAAAGACAUGUGCGUCCUGCGUUCCCGCUCCAAGUCUGCCCUUCCCCAGGGCUGUGUGCUGUGUGUGGCGCUGAGAAGGAAACAGUCUUGGGAAGCAAACAAAUGUGUGUAAACCGCUGUCAAUAAAUGACACCCAGACCUUC